AUGUCGCUGCUGGUUAGCAACUCGAGUGCCGCAGCCACUGCUCACAGUGUUGCGAGCAACAUGGUGAUGACCGCCACCUUGGCCUCUGCUUCUGCCACUGCGACGGCAGUCAACCAAACAAAGAUCAUCGCCUUGGAAAAUGCCGAUCAGGCCUCUACAAACAUGGCCAUGCCAGGCGUCAUCUAUCUCGCAGCUGGUGGACUUCUCAUCUUUUGCAUGCUUCUUGGCCACACCCGUUUCCUUGCUCGCCUUUUCGCCUCAUUCCCCAAGUCCAAGUCUUGGCCCUCACCAAAGUCAUCUGGCGAUUUACAAGUCACGACCACUCCCGACCUCAGCGCGCGCGCAGUAGGCGGAGGCGACCUCAAAACCGGAUGGCUGCUAUCCAAAGGCCCCGAAAGGAAUAUCGAAAUCUUCUCUCCCUGUACGCCUGCCACUGCACAGACGUCUGGACCCUUCUCUCCCUACCACGAUGCAAGGCAGCACGGCUAUUUCCCCUCGGUAGCCCGACCUCGCUUGCAGCCUCCUCCUCAUAUUGUGCCCCUCCUUCACUAUGUCCCUUGGUCGUCGUCUCUCAUUUCGAUGCCCUUUUACCGUCUUCCCAGCCACCUCAAGUCUCUCGCCAGCAUGCCUGCACUGUACGUCGUGCUUGGCUACCUUUUGUGUUCUGCCUUUGCGCUGGUAUGGAAGUCAAAGCUCGCUGUGGCGUCCGCCGACUCGGGCUACGGGUCAGACUUUAAGCGCUCAGGCAUUGUUGGAGUCGCACAGCUUCCGCUUGUGAUUGCUCUAGGUGUGCGAGGCAAUGUGGUCGGAUUGUGUGUUGGCCAGGGCUACGAAAAGCUCAAGCUUUACCACAAGGUAGUCGGCCGGGUCUUUUUCGCGGCUUCCACGGUACACUCUGUCGGAUAUAUGUACACCUGGGCCAGCGCUGGUAUUCUUCAAACGCAUUCUGCCAAGCCUUUUGCCAUCUAUGGCUAUGUCGCUUUUGGUGCUCUGAUUUUGGUUACUCUCUCGUCAUUGCCAUUCAUCCGGAAAGGUUACUUCAGAUUGUUCAAGUUCUGUCACUUCAUUGGCAUGGUAGCCACUCUUGUUGGCCUUGCCUGGCACAUUGACUCUGCAGUUCCCUACUGUAUCGCGGCUAUGGUCUUCUACUUUGUCUCUGCGCUCUGCAGUCUCACCAAGACCCGUCUGGCUACUGCCCAGCUUCACGCCGUCCCUUCCUCCGAUAUGACCAUCAUCACCAUCCCAGAGCUCCGAUCUGGCUGGCGAGCAGGCCAACACGUUCGCAUCCGCGUCCCCAACCUCGGUCUCCGCCAAGGCCUCGAAGGCCAUCCCUUUACAAUCGCCUCGGCGCCCAACGGGGAAGGUCUCGUUUUGAUGUGCAAGCGUGCUGGAGACUGGACCACCAGCUUGUUCAAUUUGGCUCAGAACCUGCAAACUCCUGAUGCCGAGGCCCAGCAAGGACAAGGUGUGACCAUCGUGCUCGAAGGUCCUUAUGGCGGUCUCGGAAACACGAUGCCUUCAUCAUUCUCUUCCGUCGUCCUCGUCUCCGGCGGCUCUGCCAUCACCCACGCCCUUUCCAUUGCCCACGACCUCGUCCUUCGCGCCCCGACCGGCUCUGUACGAGCGAGAACAGUUGACUUGAUCUGGAUGGUCCGUACAGAGCAAGAAGCCAAACCUCUGAUCUCUACGUUGACUGAACUCGUGGACGAUGCCCGUGCGUGGGAGACGACGUGCAUCGAAAACAUGAAGUGGGGCGACGCGUAUAUCCCACCCACAGCUCUGCGAGUUAAGAUCUUCGUCACUCGUUGCCCUGCUUCUUCCCCCAUCACCCUCUUGUCUGACAUCCAAACCGGCGAAAAGGUGAAUGUCGAUUUGUCGCCAGCGGACCAAGAAAAGAUGUCAUACCUCGCCCGAAACCCAUCUGCGGCAUCUACAAUGACCUGCAAAUCCCGCAGAAACCUGCCCUUCUCUAGUAUCGCCGCCAACCCCGCUCGACCCAAUCUCGGUAUUCUCAUGUCGAGUAUUGCCGACGAGACGAUAGCACACCACGGCCGGUCGUUGACCAACCCCAGCGGGAUGUUUGUCUCGACUUGUGGGCCGGAUGGGCUAAUGUAUGAUUCAAUGUUGGCGGUGAUGAAGAUGGAAGAAUAUCGCGCUACGGGGGUGGGUGGAGUGGAGUUUGAAGAGGAGCGGUUUAGCUUUUAA